AUGAGUAGAGUGGACGAGCGAGUGUUAGACGGUGUGGUGCUGACCAACGCGCUGUCAACUGAGAAUUUUGAAGAGCUAUGCAAGCUUGCAAUACGGCUCUUUGGCACAGACAAGCAGAGUAAACGACGAUUAACGCGGGCAGCAUUAGCAUGUGGGUGGGAGUCUGAACAGACGGAGCAAGCGGUUCUCGUUAUUGCAAAGAUUCUUAUGGAUGGUACAAAGGCUGACAUGUCCGAGCAUGCCUUUCGAGCAUUUAUUAGAGAAAUGACGCUGCUGGAAAAACAUGUCGAAGUCCUCGCACAGGCCAUUCGAGAGUGUGUGUCUAGGGAUAAGAGCAUCAACAUUCCGCGUUAUCAGAAUUUGGAAUGGCGAAUCGACCUUGAGCUUGGUACGCGUUUUCACCGACACAAGCCAAAACCUGUCGUGACGCUUCGCCUGGACACGGCUACUCAAGACUGUAGCUCUACUGUAUCGCAAACUCAGUCGACUUGUCUACGCGUAAACUAUGACGGUCUCAAAUUAAUGCAGCGCCAGCUUGAGACUGCGCUGAAAGAAGUCGAUUCUAUACAUUGCAGCCGCAUCCAGCGAUUCUUGCACUAA